UCGAUGAGGAACUCUGUUAAAACGAGCAGCCUCACAGAACCCUGGGAGAGAAAGUUGCAGGUCAGACGAGCAGGCAAGAUGAGAGCACGAGGAGCCAACGGAACGACUGAGCAAACGCAAAAUGUCAGUCAACGGCUGGACUACAACCAAAGCCAGAUCCAACAGUUUUUCAUUGCUGGGGGAGAGCUGGGGCUCAAACAAUACUACACAGAGCUCUCUGUUUGCAUCUUGGUGGUCUACAUUCUAGUAGUUAUUGGUAACUCUAUGGUUUGCACUGUGGUGGUGCUGGAGACCAAACUGCACACACCCAUGUACAUUUUCCUCAGCAAUCUCUCCUUCGCAGACAUCAUCAUCACAACCAGUGUUUUCCCCAAGAUGAUAUCUGUGGGCUUACUGAAUGACCUUGCCAUUUCUUUCACAGGGUGCUUCUUGCAGCUGAACACCUAUUUGACAUUUCAGUCUAUUGAGAGUGUUAUCCUGGCUGUCAUGGCCUAUGACCGCUACGUGGCCGUUUGUAAUCCUUUACGCUACAAUGAAAUUGUCACGCCUAGGGUGUGUGCUCUGCUCUCAGUCUUCGCUUGGACUUGUGGAACUUUAGUGCCUCUUCCAACUGUAAUUCCUUCAUCAAGGUUACCUUAUUGCGGGGACCAAGUCAUGUUCUGGUUUUGUGAUUUCCCUCCUGUCGUUUCACUGUCCUGCUUGGACUCAGCAUUGUUGCUGCUUGCAGCUCUCGUGAACGCCUCGGUAGUCAUUGUUUUCCCUGUAUUUGUCAUCAUUUGGACAUACUGGAAAAUAAUUUUAGCGGUUUGUAAAAUUAAAUCUGCCGAUGGCCGUAUGAAGGCCUUCUCCACCUGCUCCUCACAUCUCAGUGUUGUAAUCCUGUUCUAUUGUUCACAUCUGUGUGUCUAUCUCAGUGCCAUGGUAAGAAAUGUUCAUCCGAAUGUUCUCAUCUUGGUCUCCAUCGUCAACUGUUUCCUGACUCCAUUUGCGAACCCCAUCAUUUACAGCUUGAGAAACAAAGAGUUAAAGGCUGCUAUUGUAAAACACUUCCACAUAAAUAAGAUAUUAGUGUGAUAUAAGUGUUGUUUACAUCCUCUGUAAAUUCCCCAAUAAACGUUUCCUUUAUCCUUGUGUGUCUAGAUGUAUGCUGUGAAAAUCAUAGGCCAUUAUUAGACUGUAUUUCAUUUGAGGCAGAGAAUGGGAUGG